AUGUACACAGAUGACUGCGAGAUGACAGUGGGGCUUGUAAAUGGCCUCCUGAAACACGGGCUACAGCUGGGCGAGGAAGAGAUGCUGCAAGCUUGGCAGGCAGAGUGGGACCUGGCCAAACAGCGCCCUCGCCCUGCACCACCGGGAGCUGAGAGAAACGGUCACGGGAGCAUCAAAGGCUACUUCCGUGGCUUUCGCCAGAUUGACGAGGUGAGGCGGCUGCAGGCGUCCAAGGAGGAUCCAGGGAACGCGCCACCUAUGCGGGCUUUGCCACUUGCUUUUGUGGACAACGCAGAAGUGCGCCAGCGACUCUGCAUUCUCAACGCAAAUGCAACUCAUCCACAUCCGCGAGCUCGAGCUGCAAGCCUCCUUAUGGCUGAGGGCGCACGCUGGCUCAUUGUGGAAGGAGGCAAUCGGCACGAAGUCAUUUCUGAGUCUCUGAAGAGAUUGCAGAGAAGCAACGCGAGUGAUGCCGCUACGGAGGCACAACUGCAGAGGCUGGAUGAGCUUGAGGACUACCAUGACUGGGGCAACCGCUUCAGCAAGAUGAAAGCCUGCACGCUUGAGCUCUUGUGUGGUCCUCAGCCAGUCCCUCCUGCGGAUGGCAUUUCAGCAGGUGAGGAUGGGUCAUCCAAGAUGCAUGGACUUUGGUCCGAUGCGAUGCGGACCUCCUGCUUGGUGCUCUAUCUUUUGAAGCACCACCGCGGCCCUUUGGACAUCCUCAGGGCCUCUGUGGACAUUGGCGGCGAUGUGGAUUCAAUUGCUGCCCUGUGCCUGGGCGUUGUGGGGGCAACAGCUGGUCUGGGCUUUGGAGAGGCAGAGGGCCUGCCCUGGUUUUUGCUGGAAGAGCUGGAAGGCGUUGAAUAUCUCCAUGCACGUGGAGCGAAGUUUCAGGAUUGGAUCCAGAAGCAACCAAAGAUGAGAGAGGGAUAG